AUGCCGAAGGGGCGGCGCGGCUGCCCGAGCCCCACGAUGAGCAAGCGGCCCGCCCCGCCCCUCUACUUCCCAUCCCUCUACGACCGCGGCAUCUCGUCCUCCCCCCUCAACGACUUCAACAUCUGGAAGAAGCUCUUCGUGCCGCUCAAGGCCGGGGCGGCGGGCGCCGGGGCCGGGCUGGGGGGCGGCGGCGGCUGCGGCGGUGGGGUGGGCGUCGGGGCCGGAGCUCGGAGCCUGGCCGCCCAGCAGCCCCCGCCCGCAGCGCCCCCGCCGCCGCCUCCCCCGCCCGGUCUGGGCCCCCUGAGUGAGCGCCCGUGCCCGCAGCCCUGGCCGGCCGGCCUGGCCCCCAUCCCCUACGAGCCGCUGCGCUUCUUCUACUCGCCGCCGUCCGGCCCCGAGGGCGUCCAGUCCCCCGCCCCGGGGCCUCCGGCUCCCCGGUUGCCCCCCGCCGCCGCCGCCGCCGCCGCCUCGCAGCCCGACGAGCUGUGCGAGCUGGAGAUCCGCAUCAAGGAGCUGGAGCUACUCACCAUCACCGGGGACGGCUUCGACUCCCAGCGCUAUAAAUUCCUGAAGGCACUAAAAGAUGAGAAGUUGCAAGGUAUAAAGAUGAGGCAGCCCCUGAAGAAGACCACGCCGCUCUCCUAA